GUCGUAACCUGUCCAGCAGGCGCUGUCUCUUUCGGGAUAGUAUCAGUGAUUUUCGGAGCGUUUAGUGUAAAGUCACAGAUUUGCUCAUGUUUAGCUGCUUUAUCACGCAUCGUAAGCUAUAAUCAAUUGCAUUCACGAGCGAAAACCGACCUAAUAUUAUCAGGGUGCGGGCAUCGUGACAACGCCGCGGUGAACAUCCGACAUCGUAGUGUGAAGUCAGUUCGCUUUUCGAUACCGGUCGGGUGACUUGUGUAGUAUGCUAACAUGGCCGGCAGAAUGCUAAAGUUUAUACGUGGGAAGGGGCAGCAGCCCUCGGCUGAGCGGCAAAAACUUCAAAAUGAGCUGUUCGCGUUUAGAAAGACAGUCCAACACGGGUUCCCGCACCGCGCGUCCGCUCUCGCCUGGGACCCGCUGCUGCGGCUGGCGGCGGUGGGCACCGCGACGGGCGCGCUCAAGGUGUACGGCCGCCCCGGCGUCGAGCUGUACGGCCAGCACACCACGAUAGAGGCCGCCGUCACACAGAUACACUUCAUACCCGGUACUGGCCGAUUGAUAUCGCUAUGCGACGACAACUGUCUACAUCUAUGGGAGUUGAACGAGAAGUCCCUCAUAGAGCUCAAGUCACACGCGUUCGAGGGCAAGAACAAGAGGAUAUCGUCGAUAUGCGUGGAGGCUUCGGGCAAGAACAUCCUGCUGGGUACUGAAGGAGGGAAUAUAUACACCAUAGACGCCAAUACGCUCACCGUCAGCGAGGACGUCAUAUACCAGGAUGUGGUUAUGCAGAACUGUCCAGAAGACUUCAAGGUGAACCCUGGCGCGGUGGAAGCGGUGUGCGAGCACCCCAAAGCCCCGCACCGUCUGUUAGUCGGAUACAACCGCGGUUUGGUAGUGUUGUGGGACAGAACGGCUGCAGCGCCCACACACACCUUCGUCUCCAACCAGCAGUUGGAGAGUUUGUGCUGGAAUGAUGAUGGGGAGCACUUCACGUCGUCCCACAACGACGGGUCGUACGUAACGUGGGAGGUGGCGGGCGCGGCGAGCGAGCGGCCCCUCAAGGAGCCCAUCACGCCGUACGGUCCCUACCCGUGCAAGGCCAUCACCAAGCUCCUCACACGGACCAGCGUGGACGGGGAGGAGAUCACGAUAUAUGCUGGUGGUAUGCCAAGAGCCUCAUAUUCGGACAAAUACACAGUGACAGUGCAGCAGGGCGACAGACAUGUGGCUUUCGAUUUCACCAGCCGGGUGAUAGACAUGUUCACGACGACGCCGGUGCCGCCGGACGGCACGCCGCUGCAGGAGGAGCGGCCCGUCACGCCGGCGCAGAUACAGCUGCAGACCGUCAACCAGGUCGCCGCCGCACUGGUGGUGCUCGCUGAGGAGGAGCUAGUCGCGAUCGAUCUCUGCGACGCCAACUGGCGGCCGCUGCGGCUACCGUACUUACUGCCCGUACACGCGUCCGCCGUCACUACCGCCCACCUCGCCGGCCCCGUCGCCGACAGCGUGCUGGACUCCAUAGUAGCGGCCGGCAAGCAACAGACAGAAAACAUUUACUCGGAGGGCCAGUGGCCAAUCUCUGGUGGUAUUGUGGAGUCCACCGAGGCCGAGCCUAAACAGAUUCUACUGACGGGCCACGAAGAUGGCUCCGUACGAUUCUGGGAUGUAACGGGCGUUGUCAUGACACCGCUAUACAAAUAUACAACAGCACAUCUCUUUAGUGGAGAAGAAAUAGGAGAAAACAACGACAGUCAGAACGAAGAAGAAGAAUGGCCUCCUUUCAGACGAGUGGGAUCAUUUGAUCCAUAUAGCGAUGAUCCAAGACUGGCUGUCAAAAGAGUAUUGCUGUGUCCUCUCUCUGGUAUGCUGACUAUCGGUGGCGCAGCCGGACACAUUGUGGUAGCAAGUCUCAAGAAUUCGCCGAGCACUGCUGAAGUCAAGUCGAUAUCGGUGAACAUCGUGUCGGACCGCGACGGGUUCGUGUGGAAGGGCCACGACCAACUCACGCUGCGCUCCGGUCCGCUCACCUUCCCUGCUGGUUUCCAGGCGAGCACAGUGGCGCAGCUGUCGCCCCCAGCUGCGGUGACGGCGCUGGCGGCGCACUGGGAGUGGGGCGUGCUGUGCGCCGGCACCGCCCACGGCCUGGCGCUGCUGGACGCCGUGCGCAGCGCGCCGCUUCUGCACAAGUGCACGCUCAACCCGCACGAUCAUUCUGGUGCUGGCGACACGCCGAUCUCAAGGAGAAAAUCAUUCAAGAAAUCACUGCGAGAAUCGUUCAGGCGGUUACGGAAGGGGCGAUCACAGCGGAGACAGACUACCGCAGCCAGCCCCACUUCACCCACACAGCCAGCCAAGAAGACCCCGGCGCCGGCGGCGGAUAAGCUGAACGAGACGGACCCGGACGUGAAGCCGGUGGAGCGUGCGGUGGAGGCGCGAUCCACAGACGACGCGUUCGGCUCCAUGGUGCGCUGUCUGUACUUCGCGAGGACAUUCCUUAUUAACUCACAAAACUCGACGCCAACGCUGUGGGCGGGGACGAACAACGGCACCGUGUACGCGUUCACGCUCAACGUACCCAACACUAACAAACGGAAAGAGGACCCCGUAACAUGUCAGUUAGCGAAGGAAAUCCAACUGAAGCACAGAGCGCCCGUCAUCGGCAUCACGGUGCUGGACGGCGCGUCCGUGCCGCUACCCGAUCCCCUAGAGGUGGAGAGGGGCGUGUCCCCGCUGCCGGAGGGCGGGGCGCACCGCGUGCUGAUCGCGUCGGAGGAGCAGUUCAAGGUGUUCACGCUGCCCGCGCUCAAGCCCCACCACAAAUACAAGCUCACCGCGCACGAGGGCGCACGUGUGCGCAGAACAUCGUUCGCAUGGUUUGAGACGGCCGGUGCAAAUGCGGGAGAGAGACACCGCGAGUGGUGCCUUCUCUGUCUGACCAACCUCGGUGACUGCCUCGUGCUGUCGCCCGACCUGCGCCGACAGCUCAACGCGGCUGCUGUUCGCAAGGAGGACAUCAAUGGCAUUGCCAGCUUAUGUUUCUCGAAACGUGGCGAAGCUCUCUACUUGCACUCGUCGUCGGAACUGCAAAGGAUCACACUUUCAGCGACAAAGGUGACGGUUGCGGCGUGCCACAUCCUGCUCUCGCCGUGGGCGGCGGCGCUGCGCUCGCAGCCCGAGGAGCAACCACUAACUAAUGGUGAACACAAAGAGGAGACGGCGGAGACGGUGCAUGACGUGACGGCGGCGUCCGGGGACAUCACUGUGGACUCCGUGCGGGACCACUCCGCCCCGCCCCCAUCAGAACCCGAACUCAACAUCAACCUACAGAACACGCAGGUGAACACCAGCUCGAUGGUGGUGAAAACGACCACGAGGACGAUGGUCAACGAGAAUAACGUCGACGGUGCGACCACCGCCACCACAACCACCACUACCACCACCAACGCCUCCGAAAACAUCCUAGAGCACAGUCGCGAGGAGGGCGUCAUCACGCGCAUCGAGACGGGCACGGUGACGGUGCCGGCCGGGACAGACCCCAAGCUCAUCCUGGAGAUGUUUGACCGCCAGCGAUCGCCCCUAGCCGUCCCCACGCCCGCCGCAGCCGCCGACUCGUAAAUAAAAAAAACAACACGUCAAACGUCAUGUGUAAAGGUGAGGUUAUACGGGCGUUUUUAAAGUGGUGGAUCGAUUGCAAAUUUUUAUUGCCCUUGCAAGAUCACCUUUAUAUUCUAAAGGUGAGAGUGCCUCUUAGGCAAUAUUUUAAACACAGUAUCAAUCUGGAGUAAAGUUGUUUGACCAAAAGUAAGUAAGUAAGUUUUUUUUGUCCAUAUAAGCCCACCUUUACCUGUAAAAAUGUGUCAAUAUAAUUUGUAUGUAAAACAACGCAAAGCGCGGUGGAUACUUAGUAUCCAUGCAGUGCUUUGUGACGACACCAAUCGCGCAUAACCCACCUUAAAAUGAGUUUACAUCCAAAUUAUAGAAGCACUGACGUUAGGGCAUGAAAUAACUUAUUUAAAAAUGGAAUAUGACGAUGUACGCACGUAGUCACAAAAUUUAAACAAACUUUUGGAAUUUUACGGCAGUUAAAAGUAGCUCAAAUGAACUAUGUAUUUAAUGUUAUAAUCAUAGACACGAUGGUUAGGAUUUAGGAUUGUACUUAGUGUGAAAACGGACAUACUUGAAAGUAUAGUUUUAAACUUUUGUUUAUGUUCUUACGGUACGAGGUAAAAUAUAUCUGAACGGUACGUGCGUACAUUGUUAAUGCCUAUGCAUAAUAAUCGUCCCGUAGAUGAAGAGUGGUUAUCAUCGACAUAGUUUGACCAGAAAAUAAAGCCAUGAUGCUGAAAAAAAACUAAAUUGGAAUGGCAAUUCAAAUCUUAGAGAUUUGACCAAUAACCCUGCUUUUUAUAGUGCUGCUGCAUUAAAAAAUGAUUCAGCUAUUUUUUUUCCGGUCAUGCUAUAUCCGUAUACUGUAGUAUCUCGUCGGUGCUAACCACGGUACUAAAAUAUUUCGAUGUAUCUUUUUAAAUAUGACUGCAUUUUUAUGGCUAAGAUGUUUUAUACAUGCCGCCUCCUACGAGGUCAGAAUAGAAUAACGAAUCACUUUUUUAAAGGUUUUAUACUACACGUUACACAUUCAUUAUAAGUGAUAAGGUUUUUAAUGUUAUUGCUAUUUCAUUUAACUUAUUGUAAUGGGUCAAUUCACUUCCUUUUUAAUACCUCGAUCGUGGGAAUCGCAGACACAAUAGAUAUUCAAUUUUUA